AUGGCCGACAUCAGCCAUACGCCUCCCACGUACGAUGAUCCCGAAAAGUCGAUUGCGUUCGAUUCUCUCGGGAUCAAGACGGCCCACAACCUCCAUGGUCAAGACUUCGAGCUCGAAAAUGGCCACCUCGUGGAGCUGGAGGUCGACAUGGGGCAUGUCCUCGAGAAGGUAGACGAAGGCAACUAUGACGAGGAUACCUCUCCAUUCCCCCAGGUGAGGGCAGUAGUGCCUGAGACGGAUGACACCGCGAUUCCCGUCAAUACCUUUCGCGCCUGGUUUCUCGGUAUUGUCUUCGUCUUCCUUGGCGCCGGAGUGAACCAGUUCUUCUCGCUCCGAUACCCCGGGGUUCACAUCGUGUCCCUUGUUGCAGAGCUGCUGGCAUUUCCAUGCGGUGUUGCCAUCGCAAAGAUUCUCCCAAUCAGCCGAUUCAAUCCCGAUCGCCAUUUCAACAUCAAGGAGCACGCCCUCGUCACAAUCAUGUCCAACGUCUCCUUCGGCUUUGGUUCGGCCGAUGCGACGAACCUCAUCCAAGCAGCCAGGCUCUACGGCUUCCGUAUUCCCGCGGGCUUCUCCGUGCUGGUAGUCCUCUGCUGCCAACUCAGCGGCUACGCCGUCGCCGGUCUCGCCAUCCCCUGGCUCGUCAAGCCCGCCAGCAUGAUCUGGCCGGGCGUUCUCAGCAACGUUGCCCUCUUGAGCUCGCUGCACUCGAAAUCCAACGCCAUCGCGAACGGAUGGAGAAUCACCCGCAUCAAUUUCUUCAUGGUCGUGGGUGGAUGCGCUUUCGUCUGGUACUGGUUCCCCGGUCUGAUCUUCACCGGCCUGAGCUACUUCACCUGGAUCUGCUGGAUCGCUCCAAAUAACCUAGCAGUUAAUCAGGUCUUUGGGAUGGUCACUGGCAUGGGCCUCUUCCCGCUGACAUUCGACUGGUCAAUGGUCGCGUACAACACGAACCCGCUGCUGAGCCCCCACUGGGCUGCUCUUAACGUUUUCUUUGGCUUCGCCCUUUUCUUUUGGGUUGUGACACCCGCCAUCUACUAUACCAACACCUGGUUCACCUCAUAUAUGCCCUUCUGCACGGCUGACGUGUACGAUCGAUAUGGCCAGUUGUACAACGUGACGGAAGUUCUGACCAACAACGAGUUCGAUCAGCAAAAGUAUUCCAGUUACUCACCUCCUUAUCUGCCAGCUACGUUUGCGUUCGUGUAUGGCUUGUCUUUUGCUUCCAUCACAAGUGUUUUGUCUCAUGUCUACUUCUUCCACUGGGACGAAAUCAAGCGCGCCAUGAAGGGCACACUGAAGCUUGACAUUCACGCGCGUCUCAUGCAGUCUUACAAGACCGUGCAAUGGUGGUGGUGGGCAGCCAUACUUCUCGCCGUCUUCGGCAUGAGCAUCGGCACUGCUGUUGGCUACGACACCGGCCUCCCGUGGUGGGGAAUCAUUCUCGGCUUCGUCAUUCCCGCCGUCUACAUGGUUCCCUGUGGUAUGAUCCAGGGCGUCACCAACGUCGACGCCAACCAGCUGAAUGUUUUGUCCGAAUUUAUUGGAGGAUACAUGUUCCAGGGCAAGCCUAUCGCCAAUAUCCUGUUCAAGAUUCUCAGCACCGAUGUCGUGGGCCAGGGUCUGUACUUCGCAGCCGAUAUGAAGCUUGGCCACUACCUCAAGAUCCCGCCCAGGACGCUCUUCUUCGCUCAGGGUCUUGCUACCAUUCUCGGAGCUCUUACUCAGACCGGUGUUACGCUCUGGAUGUUGGGCAAUGUGGACGGCAUCUGCGAGCAAGACCAGCCCAACGGCUUCUCCUGUCCCAACGGUCGCACCGUCUUUUCGUCUUCCGUCAUCUGGGGCCUUGUAGGCCCCGCGCGUCUGUACUCCGUGGGCGCCAUCUACUCUGGGCUUCUUCACUUCUUCUGGAUCGGUCUCAUCCUGCCGCCCAUCACCUACUUCAUCUGGAAGAAGACCAAUUCAGACUUUGUCCGCAAGGUCAACUGGCCGCUCAUCUUCGUUGGAACUUACAACGUGCCGCCUGCGACUGGUAUCAACUACUCCUCUUGGUACAUUGUCAACUUGGUGUUUAACAAGAUUAUUUACCGCAAGUUCUACGCCUGGUGGACCAAGUACAACUAUGUCCUUGCCGCAGCUCUGGACACGGGCUUGGCAAUUAGCGGCAUUGUCAUUUUCUUUGCCGUUACAUAUGGUCCCAACGUUAGCUUUCCUGACUGGUGGGGAAAUACGGUUUGGCAGAACACGGCCGACGGCCUCGGGUUACCUUGGUUGCAAAUGCCAGAGGCAGGAUAUUUUGGGCCUGCAAAUGGAACCUGGUCAUAA